AUGGCCAAAGACAAAGAGCGCUCGAUCAACCCUGCCGCCGCGCAGCGGAAACAGGAUAAACAAAAAGAGUUGAAGAAAGGCAAAGCAGAGGCACUAGCACGACGAAAUGAGAAACUUGCGCGCCGCAACCCAGAUCGGAUUCAGCGCCAAAUCAACAGUUUCAAAGAAGCCGAGGAAUCGGGACAAAAACUACGACCACGUGAUAAGGAACUCCUCGAAGCGCUGGAGAAGGAUUUGCGAGGCGUUUUGAAGGCGCGUGAAGCUCUUGGCGACAAGGCACCCCGGUUCGAUCAGGGCGGCAGAGGAGGCCGCCAGGGUGAUGGCGCUAGACGAAGCGGCGGUGAUGGCGUGCUUGGGAAGCGAAGGAGGGGCUCAGAUGAAACACGAAUGCCCCGGGAUAGUGACAGCAGCGAUACCGAUGAGGAUGUGCGAAGGAUACCCAUGCCGCGGGAUACACCGCCACCAAUCCCGCGCCAGCAUCAGCGCAGACGGGAUGGAAAUGUGCCUUCAGAACCAACUGUUGAACGCACUGGUCCUCAUCCGCUACCAUCUCGUCCAACGCCGGUUCCAGAGGUCAAGACUGUUUAUGAAGCGAAGCCUCAGAUUCGGGACUUGCGACAGGAGGCAACUAAGAAGUUUGUUCCAGCUGCAGUCAGGAUGAAACAGCAGUCAAUCAAGGGGCAAGGGAAGUUGCUAGAACCAGAAGAGAUGGACAAGCUUGAAAAAGCUGGGUAUAAUGCCGGCCCCGCUCCGCAAGCGCAGGUUGGGGAUUCAGCAGAAGCUGGGGAUUCGCAACAGGAGGAUUGGAUGUUGACGUUAGAAGAAGAGGAACGGCGUUUCAAACAAGAGCAGAGUAAGACUGUUCAGAUAGAAGAGGUUGAGGAUGAGCAGGCGUGGGCGUAA